AUGGAUUCAGAUGGUAACUGAGAUUUUAUUUAUUUUAUUUAUUUAUUUAAAAAGUACUUGCUCAAAUUCUUGUGUGUUUUUUUUUUUUUGCAAAGAUCGGUUGCGUAGCGAAAAAGAGUUUAAAACCGGGUCCAACUCUCCUCCGCUCACUCGGGUAGCGCGAACUCGCUUGGGAACGAGGCUGUUGAACCUCAGCUUUCAGCCGCUGAUCAUGGCUAAAACGUUUUUUAAGUAAAGGCGAAAACUUAAAAUCUCUGUCAGAAAUUAAUAUUCGUCUUGCUUAUUAAAGAGUCGUAUUAUUUCUCCUUUCUAUACAACGAUUUGGGAUCUUUGAUUAAGCAAAUUUUCAGAUGGGAUGUGAUCGAAUGAUGCUUGAAGGAGCUGGUAAGUAGCUGUUGUCUUAGAAACAGUCAAGCCAAAGUUAUGUUAGUUUAGGAAACAUUGUCAAUGUUUUACAUUCAAAAUAUGCAAUAAAAGUCAUACUAAAAUGUACUAGCCAUGAAGAUAUGUAUGGUGAUCAUUAAUUUGGAAAAAUUAGCAUAACGUCAAAACAGUGAAUGUUGUAAAGCGGAUUUUUGGUCGGUUCCUGGGCCACGUUCGUCUUAAAAUUUCAAGGUGCUGCAGUGAAUCAAUCUCAAUAAAAGUUGCAGACACUAAUAUAUACAUCAUGGAGAUUGUGUGAUGAGGUUUAAAAAGAAUUUUGUCGAGCCGUUUUUGAGAUAGCAACAAAGGAAAUAGGAGACGUCUGCACGCAGGCAGCACGUGCAAUGUUGUUGUUUUGCAUAUUAAACCUUGUUGGCCACUAAUUCAAGAGGUUUAUUUACUAGAAAAUUAAGAGAUGAUGAUCAUUUUCCUUGGCUAAAUGUCUUCGAGGCUUGUUGGGGAUUACUGAAAACACUUUUCGUCAAAAAUUCAUACCUCUACUCAACUUUCCUUCUGCUUCCAUCCAGGUUUUGGUUCUUCAGCGGAAAUGCACUACGAUACAACUCUUCAAGAGGCUGUUUUCCGUGGUCUGAAAUGCCAAUCGAAUGAAUUGUCAAAAACCGCUAAAUUCGUCAGGCUGAUGGCAAAUUACUUGCAUGAAGAUUACAACAGCGUUUUCUACGGAAAGGCGCAGAACCUAGGCCGAGUUCUAUGCAAAGCUUACGACGAGGCCUUUGAAAAGUAUGACGUGUUAAUUCUACCCACCAUUCCAAAAAAGGCACCAGUCUUCCCGCAGCAGAAUCCUUCCCUGAAAGGUAAUGUUGUGACAUUCGUUAAUAUGCUCCUUUACUUUGCCGGACUCAACAGUUUAGAAAGAUGAGAGAAGUUGGAGCUCUGUUCAUAUCCGUACCGUCAAUAGAGAGUUUUAGAUCCGAGUUUACCGCGAACCUCUAACCGCGGUUUGCGGUUACCCGUUUGCGGUUCGACGUUCAAACAUAAUUCGAUUUAGAUUGGCGGUGGAUUAAAGAAGUGGAUUCUGAAUUUAUUUUUCCAUUUAGAAAUGGACGAAAUAUCAAUCAGUGCAAAUAAAAGAAAUUUACGGUAACACUUGGUUAUCUAGCGGUAAAGAGCUGUAAAUUCUUACAUUAGUUCUUCUUAUAAAUUUACGGCCGCCAUUUUGAAUCAGCAGCCAUGAAUGGCACUUGUUUUCAAGAUCCAAUAGGAUUUAUCAAAUUUAGCAUUUCGCCCGAAUUUGUGCCUCUGUUAAUGGAUAAAGACUUGCUGCACAAGAUUUUCGUAUCAUUACGUGGGAUAAAACAAGAAUUAUACGCUAAAAGCUUUCAGGUAAAUGGCAUACGUGAAAACCUACCUCCCCACGUUGAAAACGCACGUCGUAAACCUCAAACGUGACGCGAAAGACUUGUCACGUGACUCCCAGCGGUUAGAGGUUUGCGGUAAACUCGGAUCUAAAACUCUCUAAUGUCGGCGUGUAGAAUUCGCCACUUUAGAAACGAGAGGGAACUGGGCCGAGUUAACUCUCGCAAAGACUUCUGGAACUGUAACUAAGGAAACGGAAAAAAAGGGGGCAUUAGGGAGUUUAAGCAGCGACGUUUUAGAGCGACGCACGUCCAUCGGAAGUGGACGUUUUGCACUCUUGAGCCGUGAUUUUAAAAAAAAUGUGGGCAAAUCGUCUCAGUGUAUAAGAAUUAAGACACUUGGCAAUACAAAUUUGGUGGCGUCAAGGUAAUAAAAGACAAAAAGGCUCACUUCCGGUUGACGUGCGUCGCUCAAAAAACGUCGGCGAUUAAGCUCCCUAUUAAAUAGGGACUUUAAGAUGCAACUACGCGACGGCAACGAGAACGUCGAUUAAAAAGUGAAUUUGCGUUCUUUCAGUCUUAAUAGCUAUUAUUCCUACGCACUUACUUUGUCAAAUGUAGGCGAACCCUCCUGAAGUUGAAUUUCAAGGGAUUAUAUCCAAGCUCAGAAAGAGAAAUAACAUUUCGUCGUUGCUUGUUUACGUCCUCCAUAAAACGCGAAAUUAGGCAUUUUCACGUCGUAGUCGUGCAAAAACGGGAAAGAAAUGUACAAAGAAGUGUGAUGCACGUGCAAAGUUGUUGUUUUGCUUAAUUAAACCUAUUCUUUUUGUGGACGUUCUCGUUGCUGUCGCGCCGUUGAAUCGUAAAGUCCCUAAUAAUAGCUGACCCGCGCGUCUCUAAUAACAAUUCCAGUUCCCUUCUCUCUGCUUGAGUGGCGAAUGGUCGAAACUUAUCACAUCUUCGCUAAAUUGUUGAAGUAAAGCCAACAGUUUUAACUGCUCAGAAUGGUUCUUAAAGCACUCAAGGAUGGGUAUUUUUGCCUACUUCAGAGAAUUUUUAUGUUUUUAUAGACGCCACUCGCGAUAUAGCGAAAAAAUUGCCGGUAGAUGACCAAAUACCAGCUUGAGUCAUCCAAAUAAUGUCUCCUGUGUGUUAUAUGUAAAGUUUCGAAUACACAAACAUUGUCUUUUGAAACAUUUUGCUUUCUUGAAAAACGUUUGCUAUCAUUUAAAUUUUAAAUUUGGCGCUUCGAGUAACUUAUUGUUUUUUUUUUCUUUUUGUGAGCUGCUGAUUGGCCGACAACAAACUUUCUUGGAAUGUAUGUAUGUAUUUUCCUGUAAUUCGAUUGGUAAACUUUGUCUAAGUGGCCCCGGCUAGCUGUCUUCAAUUAAGCAAAAGUUAAAUUAAUGUCUUUGCAGAAUACGCCGAACGAGCCAUGGAAAAUGCCGUGAGUACCUCGUCCUUCAACGUCGCAGGUCACCCAGCACUGACAAUCAACGCAGGCUUCAGGGAUGGCUUGCCAGUUGGAAUGAUGAUUGUUGGAAGAAAGUUUGAUGAAGCCACUGUUCUUAAUGUUGCCUAUGCUUAUGAGAAGAUCAGAGAUUCAAAAUAG